AACACAAAUGUCGUUAUUUGGAACGCGGGAUUUCAGACACAUAUUUCGUUGUGGUUUCGUUAUUAUACUUUCAUAAUAGCGAAACGGAAACCAGGUGUUUAAAUAAAGCUUCCUUACUUGAAGACCAAGUACAAAGGUUAGAAAAUAGUGUAUUUGAAAGUGGUAAUCAAGCUCUAAAAUGAAUAACAAAGGCAAAUCCCGCAAACGUGCAGCGAAAACUAAAUUGCCUAGCAACACAGAUAACGAAAGUGCGCCGAUCGUGGAUGAUAGCACUUUGAGUGUUGAUGAAUCAAAGAAAACCGAAAUUCUGAAGUCAGAAGAGUUGAUUAAAAAACGGAAGAAGCGGCCUGCAAAUCUUCCCGUUAUCGAGGAGGAAAAUGACGUUCCAGAGACAACGGAUGAAAAUUGUGAAGCAACAGCACAAAAUGAAGUCUCAGAUUUUGAUCAGCCGCCAAGAAAACAGGUAAAACGGGCCAAGAUUGGCAAGAAAAAUCAGAUGGAAGAGGUAGAAAAAAUCAGCUCAUUCGAAGACAGUUCAACGCCUCCUUCAGAAGGAAGUGAUGAUGGAGUCAAAAGUGAGCAGAAGGAUAAGUUUGAAGCUGCUGCAGAACCUAACCUAAAUUCAAAUAAAAGAAUUAAAAAAAGUAGAGUCCAGAAGCCUAAAGAUGAACAAGCUAAAAUCGACAAGAAAGAUGAAGAUAUGAGUAGCGCUUCACCUACUCCCCAAGAAGGAAAUGAUACCAAUGUUAAAAAUGAACAAAAGGGUAAGUUUGAAGGUGUUGCAGAACCUGACAAAAGUUCAACUAAAAUGAGCAAAAGAAAUAGAGCCCAGAAGCCUAAAGAUGAACAGGCUAAGAAUGACAAGAAAAAUCCAACAGUGCAGAUAGAAAAAAUGAACUUUAAAGACAGUGGCAGUUCACUGGCUCUUCUGGAAGAAAAUGAUGUUAAAGAUGAACAGAAGGACAAGUUUGAAGCUGUUGCAGAACUUGACAAAAAUUCAAACAAGACAAGCAAAAAAACUAGAGUCCAAAAAUCUAAAAUGACUAGUACAGAAGUAAUAAAAGAAGAAACUAGUGACUUGCCACAAACAAAAAAACGGACCCGACAAACCAAAAAUACUGAAAAACCUGAAAAGAAAACCAAAUUAGAUGACGGCAAAAAACCUGUUACUAAAAAUAAGAAACUAACUAAAGCCACAAGAGAGGAUAAAAAAUCUGAACACGAAAAAUCGGAUGACUCCAACAGUAAAGAAGAGACCAAACCUGCAAAUAAAGCAACCAAACAAAAGAAAAAUAAAAAAUUAGAAAAACAAGAAAGUGAUGCAAAUAUGAACAAACAAACCCAAGAUCUAGAAACAGACGACGUUUCUCCAGAUGACGAUUUUGAAAUUAAAAAACCCAUUACAAAAAAAGUGACUAAGCCAAAGAAAGCCACUCCUUCCUCAAAUAAAGAGGAAAAAGCUCCCAAGCCCCCGAACAAAUCCAUUCUACAAUUAAAAAUUUCCUUGAGAGACAUCACCCCUCCAAUUUUUCGCCGCAUUCAAGUCUUGAAUAACAGCACUUUUUUCGAUCUCCGCAACAACAUCAAUGAAGCCAUGGGCUGGAUUUCCGACCGUUCUCACCAAUUUAUCGUUUCCAAUCCAAAAACAAACUCAAAUAUAUUAAUCGUUAAUGGAACCCUUGAAGGCUUAGUUUACGAUUUUACUGAACGACAUCUGCUCAAAGAAGAAACUACUAAAUUGUCAAGAUUUCUGUCGGCGAAAGAUGAUAGACUUUUGUAUGAAUUUGAUUUAGGUGAUAGCUGGGUGCAUGAAGUUAUUGUGGAAAAAAUUUUGCCGCCGCCGCCACCUAAAGCAGAAUAUCCUAAAUGUACAGGGGGGAAGCGGGCGUGUCCCCCGGAAGACUGCGGCGGGGUCGAUGGGUAUAACCAUUUGGUGGAAGUUUAUAAAAAUCCUAGUCACAAAGAGUACGAAGAAUUAAUCACCGACUGGUUGGGCGAGUACAAUCCUGGCUGGGAUCCUGAAAAGUUUGACAAAAAGAAGGUGUUCAGGAAGGUGAGAAUGUGGGUUUGGGCUCCAGCUGGCCUGUAAUGUGUAAUAUUGAAAAGUUGGGGUGCCAUUUUAUUUUUUAUCAAAUUGAUCUCCAACGAUUUAAUUAUAAUAGAGGCAGGUUAUAGAUAAUAAGACUAUAGAAUUACUGGUUUCAGUUGUCAUCAGUGACAAAGUAUUAACGUAUUAUAUUGUUUUUUGUUUUGUAGUUACUGUGUUAUGUUUAUUAUAUUAUAGUUAAGUCGUUA